AGAAACCUGUGUGGAAGAACACUGGAAGUCUUUGAAAGCUAUGUGGAAAGAAACCUGCACAACAGUAUUAGGAAGGAAGAAGAAAGAAGAUAAGGAAUGGAUCUCGACGGAUACCUGGAAGCUGGUAGAGCAGGGAGAGGAGGAUGGUGAAGCAGAAGAUAAACCAGUGCAGUGCAAGGAUGCUCAACGACAAGAGGAACUGAGCACAAUGUAUAUAAAACUGCGCUGGACAAAGAAGUGAAGAAGAGUGCACGCAAAGACAAAAGACACUUCUACGAAACACUGGCAAGUGAAGCAGAACAGGCUGCAGGUAAGAGAGACCUGAUGACAUUGUAUCAAAUAACCAGGUUGCUAUCAGGGAAGAGACCAACACAGAUGAAACCAAUAAAAGAUGAAGAAGGAAAUUUAAUUACGAAAGAAGAGAAACAGAGGAAACAAUGGGCCGACCACUUCAAGAAGCUCUUGAAUCGACCACCACCUACACUUCGUCCAGAAAUACCACCUGCAGCCGCUGAAUUACAAGUGAACAUUAAUCCCCCAACGAAAAUGGAAGUCCUGAACGCCAUAAAGCUACUGAAAUGCGGGAAAGCAGCAGGACCAGACGGGAUCCCCCCAGAAGCACUGAGAACAGACGCAGAGACAACAGCGUACAUGCUCACACCACUAUUGCAGAAGGUGUGGAAGGAAGAGAAGGUACCUGUCUAGUGAUUGGAAGAAGGGUUACCUUGUCAAACUGCCGAAGAAAGGAGACCUCAGUGCUUGCAAG